AUGCCGCUCGACUGCGAGCCUGGCCGAUUGCCGCUUGAGGAGAGUGGCCGAGUACUGUAUCGUGCUCCCUCCGAGAGCUCGUCGGGUAGUAGUCCUGAACGCAUGCUCGACGAUGAGCAGGACAUCAUGAUGAUCAACGACGACUCGCAGACUACGAUCGGCGAACUCACCGGCUUCCGGAACAUGGCGGUGUCCCCCGGCCAAUCCCAGAAGACCACAGUACCCUUGAGCCCCGUACAUCGCCUGCCGGCCGAGCUGCUGAUGGCCAUAUUCAGCAAGUUGUCGUCACCCGUGGACCUGACUCACUGCAUGCUGGUUUCGAAGCAGUGGGCCAACUGCAGCGUGGAGCUGUUGUGGCAGCGACCGUACUUCGGCAAGUUCGAGCAGUACCAGAAGAUGGUCACAGCCUUGCUCUCGGAGAACGCGUUCUUCGCAUACCCGCAGUUGAUCCGACGACUCAACCUCAACCUGAUCUCGGAACUCGUCAAUGACGGAUCGCUCGAGCCGCUGACCCAGUGCACCCGGCUCGAGAGGCUUACCUUGACCAAUUGUUCGCAACUGACGGAUUCGCCGCUUCAGGAGAUCCUGCAGCGCAACCCGCGCCUCCAGGCGCUGGAUCUGUCUCAGAUGGUGAACAUCACCGACCAAUCGAUGCAGGCCGUCGCCGAAAACUGCCCGAGGCUGCAAGGAUUGAAUCUGGCCGGAUGCAAGCAGAUCACGGAUGUCUCUCUAAUACCUUUAUCGCAGAAUCGUAGGAUGUUGAGAAGGUUAAAACUCAAUGACUGCGUCGAAAUCACCGAUAAUACUGUUCUUGCACUCGCAGCCAACUGUCCUCAGCUUCUCGAGAUCGAUUUCCACCGCUGCCACCAAAUAUCGGACGACUCGGUUACGCACCUACUCUCGAAUCUUAAGCACCUUCGAGAAUUGCGGCUGGCGUACUGCGAUCUCCUGACCGACGAUGCUUUCCUGCACCUUCCGCCGCACAAAACCUUUGAGUCUCUCCGGAUUCUGGACCUUACCGACUGCGGACUCGUCACCGACGAAGCGGUCGAUAAGAUCGUCAAGAUGGCGCACCGCCUGCGCUAUCUGAUCCUCGCGAAAUGCCGCAACAUCACGGACAGAGCCGUCCACUCCAUCACAAGGCUGGGCAAGAACCUCCACAACCUGCACCUCGGCCACUGCAGCAACAUCACGGACCAUGCCGUCUCGCAGCUGGUGCAGAGCUGUACCAGAAUCAGAUACAUCGAUCUGGCGUGUUGUCUGCGACUCACCGAUGCAAGUGUGUGCCAGCUUGCGUUGCUACCGAAACUUAGAAGGAUCGGACUAGUCAAGUGUAACAACAUUACGGAUUUCGCGAUUCAGAGUCUAGGCAGACGACCCAGCAACUCGCCUUGCCCACUCGAGAGGGUGCAUCUGAGUUACUGCAUGAAUCUUACUGUCAAGGGAAUUACCGACCUCAUCAACCAUUGCCAGCGCCUGACGCACCUGUCCCUGACCGGCGUGGAAGCAUUCUACAGGAGGAAGGACUACACCAAGUUCUGCCGGUCGCCACCGAAGGAAUUCAACGACAACCAGCGCGCCGUAUUCUGCGUCUUCUCUGGCAGCGGCGUAAAGCAGCUGCGCAACUACCUGAACCAGCAGAAGGCGAGCGAGGACCGCCAGGCAAGAGAACCUAGAGACAGAGACCAACCGGGCCAAGCCCAGGGCCAGGGCCAAGCCGAAAACACCGGCCAAGGCGAGCAGGCGGAUAAUCUGUGGGAUGAUGGUGAUGGCGGCAUCGGCCUGGGCGGGCUGGAUGAUGAGGCGAGUGAUUAUGAGCUGCAUUAG